AUGGAUGUGUUACUUGUUCGUGAUGCUAUCUUCAAACGUGAGGAUGGCAACCCUUAUUUGUCUCCCCGAGGCAUGCAAGGUUUAGUUGUCAGCGUCGUCUUCACAUCACUGGCAGCCUCCUUUGUCGGAAUUCGGCUCUAUACUCGACUGAAAUUUCUGAGGCGCUUGGAAGCCAAUGACUGGAUGGUUGUCAUUGCACUGAUCAACUCAUUCAUCUUCAUGGGCCUGGAUAUCGUCGAGGGUACGAGUGGCAUGGGAAUGCAUCUCAAAGAUAUCCCACCAAACAUCCUUGAAAGACAAAUGAAGGCAUUCUGGCUCACAAUCCCCUUCUACAACGCCGCCGUUCUCUGCGCAAAAGCAUCCAUUCUCAUGCAAUACUUCCGCGUCUUCCCAACACGGCGCAUGCGUAUCGUCUGCUGGGUAAUGAUCACGAUCCUGGGCAUAUAUGGAACUUGGUGUGUGGUCAGCGCCUUUUUGACUUGCAUCCCCGUGGCCAAAUUUUGGAAUCCUACUCUCCCGGGCUUUUGUUUGAGUAGACCUGGUUUGUGGUUUUCGAAUGCGAGUAUGCAUAUUACCACUGAUCUGGCUAUUCUGAUUAUUCCGAUCCCGGCUUUGAUUGCUAUUGAUAUUCCUAGGAGGCAGAAGGUUGCGUUGAUGAUUAUGUUUGCUCUGGGUGGAUUCGUCUGCAUUACCAGUAUCGUCCGUCUGGUCAGCCUCAAGAAAAUUUCAGACUCAACUGAUCCCACCUACGACAACGUUGGCGCAGCCUCAUGGUCCGCCAUCGAAUGCAACACCGGUAUAAUCUGCGCCUGCCUCCCAACUCUAAAGCCACUCCUCUCCAGAAUCGUCCCCGGCCUCAUGUCCACAUUCACCGGAAGUAAGCCCACAAAUGGUACCACCGGUAUCUCCAAUGCGAAUUCAGUCACCUGGAACGACGAGUCCACGCUCGGUGCUCCCUGCGAAGACCCCGAGUAUGGAGCUGGAGAUCCAGAGCGAGUCCUCGAGCUGUCUUCUGGAGGCAAGGUCCAGUAUGCCGGAAAUUUCCUGGUCGAGAAAAAUUAUAUUGCGGACGAUACUUCGAUUACGGAGCUUAUGAAGCAACGGCAACGCCAGCACCAGCAUCAGUAUAGUCUUUCAACUGCCUCGUUUCCCUCUCGCACAUGA